UCUGGGGCCCGUCUUAUCAACGAUCGUACGAUUUUGGAAAUCUAAGCGUACGAUUUUGAUCUGCGAUUGUCGUACGCUCGAUCGUAAGAGUGUCUUAUCAACGCGGUCGUACGUUCAACCUAAAAUCUUACAAUUUUCAUAAGCGUACGAUUCUUACGCCUGCGCACUAACACGUACUCUUCAAAAAAGGAGGUAACGCGCAUUUUAAUGUCAAACUUGAAAGACGACGUCUGCUUUAAUUCUCAGAUGUCAGAAAACAUGGAGAAAGGUAAAAAAGUAAACUGGUCCGCUGAUGAGCGAGAUAUGCUCAUCAGCAAGUGUGAGGAUGCUACUGUGGCGACAGGAAAAUUUUCCUCGUCACUCACAGCCGCCGAUAAGGUCAGAUUUUGGGUCGAUGUGACUGAAAGUGUGAACAGUGUAAGUGGGUGUUCAAGGACGCUUGAACAAGUAAAAAAGAAAUGGAUUGACUUAAAGUCACAAACCAAGAAGAAAACCAUUCAGUACAUUGCAGAAACCCGGAAAACAGGUGGUGGCCCAGCCCCCAUAUUAGACCUGGAGGCAUGGGAGAGCAAGAUUCUACAGACAAUACCCACCUGCAGUGUAGAGGGGAUAAAAAAUGGUGCAGACACCUUUCUUGAAAACAAUGAUCCUGGCCUUGCAAUUCCAGACCUUCCUGUUGGAAGUGAGACAAACUGUGAUAAUGAGCCAGUGCCAAAGAAGGCAAAAUAUGACAGGUCCACCAUAGAGGAUAGUGAACCUUCACUCAAGAGGGCAAAAUAUGAUAAUGCUUCAACAAGAAAGAGUGUACCGGAAGCAAACACAUCUAGAGAUGAAAGUCAUCGUGUUGAAGAACUAGUUAUACAGCAAACUGCUGUAAUGAGGGAUUUAGUUGCCCAAGUUUCAUCUUUAAAUGAAAAUUUCAAAACCUUAAAUGCAAACUUUGAUAAAUUACUUAACAAAUUAUCCUGUUAA